AUGCACAAACGGGACCUUGUUGCUGGUCUUCCCAGGGUGCUCCCUCCCCUUCCCGACUCGCCUGCUCCUCCCUGUAUUCCCUGUGUCGAGGGACGGCAGCGCGCCGCUCCUCACUCCUCCUCCUUUCCCCCGACGACUGCUCCCUUGCAGAUGCUCCACAUGGACGUGUGGGGCCCAGCCCGCGUCCGUGGUCAGGGUCAGGAGAGGUACUUCCUGAUUGUUGUUGACGACUUCUCGCGCUACACCACGGUCUUCCCCUUGCGCGCCAAGGGUGACGUCCCUGAUGUCUUGAUCCCUUGGAUCCGCAGAUCUCGUCUCCAGCUCAGUGAGCGUUUCCGCUCCGACUUCCCUGUCCUGCGUCUGCACUCUGACAGAGGUGGGGAGUUUUCCUCUGGCCUAUUGGAGGCCUUCUGUCAGCAGGAGGGCAUUGAGCAGUCGUACACGCUUCCGGCCUCUCCACAGCAGAAUGGGGUUGCUGAGCGCCGCAUUGGUCUGGUCAUGGAGGUCGCUCGUACCUCCUUGAGCCAUGCGGCUGCCCCCCAUUUUCUGUGGCCGUUUGCAGUCCGAUACGCUGCGCAUCAGCUCAACCUCUGGCCCAGUGUCUCCUUGCCCGAGACUUCUCCGACACUGCGUUGGACGGGAGAGGCUGGCGAUGCGUCGCGUUUUCGGGUCUGGGGAUCCCGAGCUUUUGUCCGCGACACGUCCGCGGACAAGCUCUCCCGUCACGCUGUCCCCUGCGUCUUCCUUGGCUUUGUCCCGGACGCCCCUGGCUGGCAGUUCUACCACCCCACCUCGCGUCGUGUCCUGGCCUCUCAGGACGUCACUUUUGACGAGUCCGUCCCCUACUACCGCCUCUUCCCCUACCGCACUGCUCCGCUCCCCCCCCCGCCUCUCUUCCUCGCUCCAGGUGCUGAGGUACCAGACCCCCUCCCCCCUCAGGGUGCCGCUCCCUCAGGUGUGUCCCAGGUAGACCCGGGUGAGCCUGUCGAGGUAGCUGUUGACUCUCGUCCUGCUAGGGGUGCUGAGCCUGGGGGUGCUGCGUCUGGGGGUGCUGAGCCUGGGGGUGCUGCGUCUGGGGGUGCUGAGCCUGGGAGUGCUGAGUCUGGGGGUGCGGAGCCUGGGGGUGCUGAGCCAGGAGGUGCGGAGCCUGGAGGUGCGGAGCCUGGAGGUGCUGAGCCUGGGGGUGCUGAGUCUGGGGGUGCUGAGUCUGGGGGUGCUGAGCCUGAGCGUGCUACACCUGGAGGAGCCCUCUCCUCCCAGCAGCUGCAGGAGAGGUACCUCGAGUACUGCCGCCUCCGGAGAGGUGCUGCUGGAGCUCGUCCCGGUACUUCCCCUCCUACCCAGGAGCUCCCCCCCAUUCAGCAGAUCCGCGAGUGGUACACACGGCGCUGCAGUCUUCGGAGUGGUGCUCCUGGUGCUGCGGACCCUGGGGGUGGCGCUGCUGCUGGUGCUGAGGACCCGGACGUUGGAGCUACUGCUGGUGCUGCGGACCCGCCUGGUGGAGCUGCUGCUGGUGCUGAGGACUCGGACGCUGGAGCUGCUGCUGGAGCUGAGGACCCGGGCGGUGGCGCUGCUGCUGGUGCUGAGGACCCGGACGGUGGAGCUGCUGCUGGUGCUGAGGACUCGGACGGUGGAGCUGCUGCUGGAGCUGAGGACCCGAGCGGUGGCGCUGCUGCUGCUGCUGAGGACCCGGGCGUUGGAGCUACUACUGGUGCUGAGGACCCGGCCGGUGGAGCUGCUGCUGGUGCUGUGGACCCGGACGCUGGAGCUCCUACUGGUACUGAGGACCCGGCCGCUGGAGUCUCCUCUGCUUCUGGAGACGCUGCGCGGCCGCGACCGUACUUCGUACCGCUCCUUCAGCAGGUUCUUGGGCAGGCUCCUCCUCCUUGUCCUCCUCCCUCCGUAGAGUGUCCUCCGCCUGUCCAGCCGCAGUCACAGUUACCGCCUACCUCGCCUCUCCCUGCUCCCUCUCCUUACACUGGUCCCACAGGAGGUCUUACAGAGCGUCGUGAGCCUGAGUCUCGUCCUGCGUCGCCUGUUCGUCCUGCUCGCACUGGUAGUCGUGUCCGUCGUGAGCGUCCUCCUCCUGUCCCAGGCACUCACUACAUGACUCUGCGUCCCUCUACUGCUCCUCAGCGUGUCCCUCUACCGUCUCCUCCUGCGUCCUCUUUGCCUGACGUUCCGGACCCUGAGUCUGACCGGUAUCGUGCUGAGCACCCUACUGUCACGCGUCUCCUCGCUACUGUUGUCACUGACCCUACCUUUGAGUCCUCGGCUGCGUCUGCUCUGGUCGCUGAGUUGGUUGACUUUGCUGCCGCCUGUCGUCUAGACUACGCUGCUAGCCUUGUUGCUGAGUCUGAGUCUGAGUCUGUCUGUCCUCCGUCCGUCGGGGGUGAGUGUGCUUUUGGCACGGACGUCCUUGAGGACAGACAGGAGGAGUUCCAGUGUCUUGCUGCUGCUUUGCCCUGUCUCGUGUCCUUGCUAGUUGCCCCUGAGGGAGACCCGGAUGCACCAGACAUCCCGACCCCGCGCACUUACGCUGAGGCGAUGGCGGGUCCCUACUCCUCUCAGUGGCAGACAGCCAUGGACGCCGAGAUGGCUUCCUGGAAGUCCACACGCACCUACGUCGACGAGGUUCCCCCUCCUGGGGCGAACAUCGUCAGUGGCAUGUGGAUUUUCAGGGUGAAGCGGCCGCCGGGUUCUCCGCCUGUCUUCAAGGCGCGUUACGUGGCUCGAGGCUUCAGUCAGCGAGAGGGAGUUGACUUCUUCCAGACCUUCUCCCCCACCCCGAAGAUGACUACUCUUCGGGUGCUGCUGCACAUAGCCGCUCACCGCAACUACGAGCUUCACUCACUUGACUUCAGCACUGCUUUCUUGCAGGGCAGCCUGCACGAGGAGAUCUGGCUGCGCCGCCCACCUGGCUUCACUGGGUCGUUUCCUCCUGGUACCCAGUGGAGGCUUCAGCGGCCGGUCUACGGUCUCCACCAGGCUCCGCGUGAGUGGCACGACACACUGAGGACUACACUUGCGGCUCUUGGGUUCGCGCCUUCUACAGCUGACCCGUCGCUGUUCCUGCGCACCGACACUUCGCUGCCGCCGUUCUACAUCCUCGUGUACGUCGACGACUUGGUCUUUGCCACUGCUGACACUGUAGGACUCGCCUACAUGAAGUCGGAGCUGCAGAGGAGACACACGUGCACAGACCUGGGUGAGCUGACAAGCUAUCUUGGCUUGCGGAUCACCCGGGACAGAGCACGGCGCACCAUCACCCUGACUCAGUCACACAUGGUGCAGCAGGUUCUCCAGCGCUUCCGCUUCACGUACUCCUCGCCUCAGUCCACUCCUCUGCCUACCGGUCACUCGCUCUCAGCUCUGCCUUCGGAUGAGUCCGUAGAGCCGAGUGGCCCAUAUCCAGAGCUUGUGGGCUGCCUCAUGUACCUGAUGACCUGCACUCGACCUGACCUUGCAUACCCUCUUAGCAUCCUUGCACGCUAUGUCGCUCCUGGCCGUCACAGGAAGGAGCACAUGGAUGCCGCUAAGAGGGUGUUGCGCUACUUGUGCAGUACGUCGGGCAUGGGGCUUGUGCUUGGAGGGCGAGACCGAGUUGUUCUCACAGGGCACUCAGACGCUUCUUGGGCAGACGACCAGGCCACUCAGCGGUCGUCUCAGGGUUACACCUUCAGCCUUGGCUCUGGCUCAGUUUCGUGGCGUUCUACACGCUCUUCUUCUGUUCUCGGCUCCAGUUGCGAGGCUGAGAUCUACGCUACAGCCAUGGCUGCCCAGGAGCUACGCUGGCUGACCUACCUGCUGACCGACCUCGGAGAGCAGCCUCGUUCUCCUCCAGUACUGUACGUCGACAACAAGGCUGCCAUUGCCUUGUGUGAGGAGCACAGACUGGAGCACAGAACGAAGCACAUCGCCCUGCGGUACUUCCUUGCUCGAGAGCUGCAGCAGCGCGGUCAGCUUUGUAUUCGCUACGUGGCCACUGAGGCCAACACUGCUGAUGUGUUCACCAAGGCGCUUCAGCCUCGUGACCAUCAGCGCUUCUGCACUCUACUAGGCCUUGUGCCUACUGGACCUCACUUGCUUACCUCUUGA